AGUGACGCGUAUUCCCAGCGUGCUGCGCGCGAAGAUGGCGGGUGUUCUGGAGAGGAGCUACAUUGAAAUAUGUGGAUUUGAAAGAGAAACUGUUUCCCGAUUCAGAGAGAUCACAAUAAAUCUGGGUGUUGGUGCUCACUCAGGCGGUGUGAAACAUGCAGAAAGUGCAGGUGGAUUCUCGUAUGAGGACAGCGCUAAACUCCUCUCUGUCACCAGCAACAGAUACAUACACUGGACAACCUCAGGUGACACGGUUCAGUUUGUCGAGCAGUCGCUGGACACAAACCUUCUCAAUAAUGCCGUUCGACUCCGCAUCCCAAACUGCUCACUCGUGCCAGGAGGAGUUCAUAUUCAGGAGACGCUCAACAAUGUAAUGAUCCUGAUCGUCACAAGCCAAACGGUCCAUCGGAUCGUGCUGCCGCACCCGACCCGCAUGUACCACAGUGAUCUGGCCACUGAUCUCCAGAUGCAGUCCAUUUUCACAGAUAUUGGGAAGCUGAACUUAAAGGAUCCAACACACUUUUAUGUGCUCCCAUUUGCUCAAGGUGCACAGACCGCAGGACCGUCCACGUCCACCGCCUGGAUCAGUACUGAAGGAGAGGCGCUGUUCGCUCUUGCCUCACCUUUAGGUGGCAUUACGAUCAUUACUCUACCUCCUCAUGAUCAAGAAGGGACUGUGUCUGUGGUGGAGCUGAAACAGAGUUCAGUGAUGCAGCGAUUGGCCGGCUGGAUGCCCACUGCCAUCAGGGGCGAGCAGGGUCAAUCUGAUCUUGCCAUCAGUCUGGCUGUCCACCAGUUAGAGGACGACACCUUUGUGUUUGCUCUUUGUCAGGAUCAUAAGCUGAGGAUGUGGUCAUUUAAGCAUCAGAUGUGUCUGCUGGUGACUGACAUGUCAGAUUACAUGCCCGUGGGUCGUGUUGAGAUGAAGAGCUCUCCAGCACAGUCUCAUAAGCUCCGUCUCUGCUUCACCUCCAGCAUCGGCCUGUGUCUCGCCGUUUACCUCGCCGUGCCCAACCGCAGUCAGUUCUGUGUGCUGCAGCUGGUGGCCAAUGAGAACGGCCGAUACAGCCUGGAUCACAUCUCAACACUGUUAUCAAAGGAGGACACUCUUGUGGAUUUCGUCUUGACGGCGACCGAUGUGUGGGCUCUUUUGCUAGAUAGUGACAAUCAGACCGUGGUGAAGUACAUUAACUUUGAGCAUAACGCAGCAGGCAUGUGGAAUCAGGUGUUUGUCCAACCCCCACCACAAGAGGAAGUCCACAUUGGUGAUGACCAAGACCCACGAGAAACCUAUCUGGAGGUUCUCUUUUCACCAGUACGCUUCACAGCUGCGGCCAUUGUUAAAGCUUUACAGAUUUACAAACGGGGUACAGAGCGACAUUUGGACUUAUCAUGGGAGGAGCUGAAGAAAGAGGUUGUGGUCACAGUGGAGAAUGAGAUUCAGGCCAAUGUGACGGAGUACGAGUUCGCUCAGGACGAUUAUCGCUUACUGCAGGUGGAGUUCUGGUCCAAAUUUUACGCCUGUUGUCUGCAGUAUCAGGAGGUUUUGUCCAACCCUCUCGCCCUGCACGUGAGCACUGCCACAGCCAUGGUCUGUGUCCUCAAGAAGGCCUUUGUGUCUUUCUUGUUGCCCUGUUUUGCUGUCGACCACCUUUACCUUUCCUCAGAUGAGUACUUUUCUACAGAAGAGGACACGCCUAUUGCUGAGGACUCGGAUAUGAGCCGGGACGUCCUGCAGCUGGUUCAGUGUCUGCGUCAGGUGAAUGAAAGUCUUACGGAGGAAAUGGCCUAUGAGAUGGAGAAAUCUCUUGAUCACCUACUGUCUCCAGAAAGAGCCUCUGAGAAAAUCUUGGAUGCUCUGCUGGCCAAUGAGCAUGGGAGUGGGAUUGAGGAGAUCUUAAACAAACUGCUAGAGAUUCGUAACGCCGUCAGUGCUAUGAACCUGCUGCUCAGAGAGCUGGACCUCGAGACAGACGCGGAGCUUGACAGUAGACCUGUUUCAGGUCAGUCUCUACGUGUGAGAAUCAGUCUGUCUCAGCUGUACGGCAGCAGUGCGGCCGCCAGUCUGAUCUGUCAAGCCGUUUGUCAGACCACCAUGACCCGAGCACUGCUGUGUAGAGACCUGCUCGUCCUCCUCCAGCUUUACCGUCGCCAUGGUGACAAUAUUUUUCUUCCAGGUGGCAAUGAGAUGUUGCAGAUACAGCAGGAUUUGAUUCCUCGCUGCUCUCAUUUGCUGUGCACGUAUCACCUCCUCAAACAGAUGAGCCUGACGAUGUCCUCCUCCGUCCCGCUGGACAUACUGAACGCUGAUCUUCAGCAUUUGUCUGUUCUGGAGCUUUCAGACUCUACAGCCCCUGCAAGCAACAGAUCAGUGUUGAGUCCUCAGACUGUGUUGGAGUUGUUUUACCAGAACGUGGCUCGUAAAGCCAUCGUGUCUCAGAUCUUCACCCAGCAGGAUCUGGAGGACAAUGUGACGGUGCUUCACUGGCCGCAGAUGAUCUCUAGCGUCCUCACGCUGCUCUGCCAGUUUAUCUGGCCCAGCAAUCCAAACUUCCUGUUUCCUGAAUGCCUGAUGGGGAAUUGCCAGUAUGCACAACUACAGGAGUAUGUUCGGUUAGUAGGGCCCUGGUGCCAGGUGAACGUGGGAUCCUGUCGCUUUGUGUUGGGUCAGUGCUAUCUGGCCAAUGGUGAGGGGCAGAAGGCAUUGCAGUGUUUCCAGGAAGCAGCGGCUGAGGUGGAGAAAGAAGAUUUUUUAAUGAAAAUUGCAGGUUCAGAUGAGGUGACGGCUGCCACCGCCCCACGAUUACUCUAUUAUAACAAGGUUCUGCGGUUAUUGGAGGAUAUUGGUUUACCAGAGCUUGUCAUUGAAUUAGCCACACUGGCCAUAUCUGAAGCUGCUAAUGAUGAGAGAAGCCAGGCUGCGCUGUGGACUCGUAUAUUCAAACAUCAUCUGGAUCUCGGUCAUAACAGUCAGGCAUAUGAAGCCUUGACCCAGAACCCGGAUCCCAGCAGGCAGUUGGAUUGUUUAAGGCAGCUGGUGGUGGUGCUGUGUGAGCGUGCUCAGCUCAGGGAUCUCAUUCAGUUCUCGUUUGUUAAUUUACACAAUGAGGUGGUUGGCAUCAUUGAGUCUCGUGCGAGAGCGGUGGACCUCAUGACUCACAACUACUACGAGCUGUUGUAUGCCUUUCACAUCAAUCGACAUAACUACAGGAAAGCGGGUACAGUCAUGUUCGAGUAUGGGAUGCGUUUGGGGCGCGAGGUACGGACUUUACUCGGGCUUCAAAAACAGGUGAACUGUUACCUGGCGGCCCUCAACUGUCUGCGGCUUGUUCAACCGGAAUAUGCUUGGAUCGUCCAGCCCUCAUCUGGAGCAGUUUAUGAACGACCAGGUGCAUCACCGAAGAGGAACUAUGAUGGUGAAAUGGCUGCAGGUCCAGUAAGUCAGCGGAUUGACAUUUUGGAGCUUAAGGAUUUAGAGAAGGAGUAUAUUCUGGCUCGCAGUCGCUUGACUUUGGCCCAACAGGACCCGUCAUCAGCAGCCAUUGCAGGAGCAGCAUCUUCAGUAGAUAUGGUGACGCUUCUGGUCCAAACAGGACUUUUUGACACGGCCCUGACGCUGUGUCAGACUUUUAACCUACCUCUCACUCCUGUCUUCGAGGGACUGACUUUCAAGUGUAUCAAACUACAGCAUAAAGGUGAUCAGGAUCAGACGGAGGCGUGGGGUUGGCUGGCUGCAAAUCAGCUGCCAAGUGUUAUCACGACCAAAGAGUGCAGUGCGACGGAUGAAGCUUGGCGACUUUUAGAGCAUUAUUUGGAGCAGCAUCCAUCACAAAAUGCAAAAUAUCAUCGUUGUGUCAUCAACAAACUACUGUCACACAGCGUACCGCCGCCUGACUGGCUGGUUAAUGCACACAAGGCUGUGGAUACCGCGGCUCUUUUGCGUCUCUAUCUGAACUACGAUCAGUUGGAGUCAGCAUCUGAGCUCGUGCUGGAGUAUGUAGACGCUAUGAUCGGAAAGGGACAUCAGUAUUUUGGCAUAGAGCGACCGCUCUCAGCUACAGCGCCUCUGGUGUGGCUGCCCUACACAUCUAUCGAUCAACUCUUAAGAAGUCUCAGUGAAAGUCAGAUCAAUGAGAAGAUGUACAAGAAGCUGAAAGAUAAACUAUCCGAGUAUCACAGAUUGGUGGAUCAGAGCAGCAGACACAGACUCAAUGGCCCGUUCUGAAUGGAUCGACUCACUUCUCAAUGGACUCAUUUUAUACCUGUACUGUACUUACUAAAUAUAAAUAAUGUCUACAUGAAGUUAUUGAUGGCAUAUACAGUUGCUUUAUGCUUCCUACCUGAAACAUUUGAGAAAUGUUUCUAUGAUUUGAUGUAUUAAAAGUUUGAUAUGGUGGAUUAAGUGUUUUUCUAUAUAAACUCAAUC